GCUUCGAAACGUCAAAUCCAUCUGUUCGCAGUUGUUUUGCUCUCUGCGCGUAUUGCUGCAUUGUGUACGUCGUCGUGUUGCUUCGGUGUAGCAGCAAAAUAAGUUGUUUACAAAUUGUUGGUGAAUUCUGCCCUGCCUGGACACGCACAUAUUUCAUAUCGCUCGUGGUACAUUUGAGGCGAAUCAUCUAAACAGCGGACUCGGAGAUGGCUGAGUCGACCGAGUCCAACACAUCCACCCCUACCAGUGCCCGAUCGGAGGAUGGCGACAGAGAAGAAAUUCCAAAGAAACCGGAAGCAACAUCAUCUGCAGCAGAUUCCAAGCUCGAGUGCCCCGUUUGUCUACAGACGUGCGUCCAUCCCGUCCGGCUGCCCUGUGGUCACAUUUUUUGCUUCCUUUGUGUGAAGGGUGUUGCAUUCAAAAAUUUGCGCUGCGCCAUGUGCCGGUGCGAUAUACCACUGACCUAUCUGGACCACCCGCAGCUGGUGAACGGUGUGGAGGAAAUAGUGCGCGCCGCUACCGCCACCGUUUCGGACGGCAACGAGUAUCGCUGGUACUACGAGGGCGGUCACGGUUGGUGGCAGUACGACGAACGUACCAGCCAAGAGCUGGAGGAGGCGUACCUGCGGGGCGACAAGAGCUGCAAAAUAUUGGUGGCCGGAUUUGUGUACAUCGUCUCGUUCGAGCACAAGUGUCAGAUACGACAGAACGAUUAUUCGCGCAUACGGCGCAUCAAGCGUGAUCUGGUGAGCAUACCGAAGAAGGGCGUAGCUGGACUGCGACUCGAGACCACCAGCGGCGACGCUAACGCAUCGUCAUCGGCAACGAACGACAUGAACGAACUUUCGUCCGCUAUGGGCGAAAUGAAUCUCAACGAAGGUGCUUCCACGUCCGCCGCUUCCACAUUCACCGCUGGCACGGUAAAUGCGGUGCCGGAGAUAGGUGAACCGAUCGUUACCAAUGAACCGGAACCAGAGGAGGAAGGUGGUGAUGGAGCUGAGAGCGAAUAUUCCUCCGCGCCUGGUGACGAGGCGAACGAUGGUGUGUCCUAUCCUUCGUCCACUUCCACUUCCUCCACCAGUGGCAGCUCGACUACAAGAAGCAGCGUGCCUGCUCAUGUAAGUCAGCGAAUGCAGGAACUGAUCGAUCUCAACGAUCCGCCGGAAUACUCUGCUACCGACAGUGAUGACGAGGAAAGUGAUGCAGAUUAUAAUUUACUUGUACUAUAAUUGGCAUUAUCAUGUCGCCGCUGGAACAAAAAAAAAAAGCCCCCCAGCAAGUCCUUCAUGUCAGUGAUGCUCAUUGCAACUGAUUGUGCGCACAAAGGCAAAUGAAACGGAUGAUCGAUAAGACUCCACAGGCUGUGUGCGCACUGAUGCAUUCUAAAGUGAUAUAAAAGUAUAUGCAUAGUUUUAUUUACUCUAAUGGCAUUGAUGGACCGUCAGCAUACAAAUGGUCUGUGCGCAAACUACUCUUGAACCAAGAGCCGCGGAAACACGGUCGUCACCGUGCAAUAAUUUUAAACGAUACUAGUUCCCAUGAAAAAGGGGAAGCUAUAUUUUUAACUCUAUCGUUUGUGUGUGCAGUUUAACAAAUGUGUUUGGUUCUAGCCGGUUUUCCCGUUCAUUGCCGGGAACUACUACUACUUCUACUACUACUAGCUUAAGUUACGUGGUCGAGCGCAUUUUUCUCUACGAACUAACACUCAUAUUGCUGUUUAAACCUAGGAUGGUGUAUACACACUGCAGGUCGAAAUGAUUAGACCACGGCUACUACGAUUGCAAUUGCUUGAGUUGUUUAAUAAAACCAGCAUUCGGUUGCA